CAAAUCCAACACCACCCCAACAACAACAACAAAAUUAAAGCAAAACAAAGGACAACCCGUUAUGGUUUCUGGAAUUUAAGGACAUGGUUUUUUCUCAGUUUUUGAUUUGAUCGAUUGUGAAUUAAUCACAAAAAAAGAAAAAAGAAAAAAGACAAAUCCAAUUUUGUUUGUCGAAUACAGGGACAUGGGUUGUUCUUCGUUUUCGAUUUGACAACUUGCACUUUGCGUGGCCACGAUUCUUCUACAGAAGAGAUCAAAAGCUCUGUCUUGUUCCAUUGGUGGGUCAAUUCUAUUUCUCAAUUCUAACACUACUGGAGGCUGAAUUUCGAUUUGCUUAUUAUAAUAGGCUGCAAAGAGAGUACGUAAUAUAUACAUACACGAACAUUUCAGGAAGACCAUAUAAAGGAGGUAUACGAAUUUUUUGGCUGCUAUUUCAGCUACAUAUUGCCCUGAUGGUGAUGCUUCGUUUCUCUGAAGGUUUUCUUUCCUUUUCUGAGUUUCAUUUGUUUGAUUAUCCAAAUCAUCAUUUCAAUUAAAGUGGAAAUUUUAUACUGAGGAUUAAACUCUUAAGCCAUGGAGAAUUCUUAUGAUUCAUCUUAUGGGAAUGGGCCAACUGACAAUGGGCACAUGGUUAUGAGGAAUUCUUCAUAUCAACCCUGCAUCAAGGGGUCAUUACCUUGGCUUGAUUUGAGGGUUUUUUAUGUUAGAGUUAGCAAAUGUGAGAUUGAUGAUUCCACUCCUGAGUACCUCACACUAAACCAUAUUCCACUCAAUCGUGAUACACUUCUUGAAGUUAAUGGUGUUAGAGCUAGCAUAUAUUCCGACGGUGUGUCAACCCUUCUUAGAAGGGAUCGACUAGAUAAGAAGUCUGAAGAAGCUACAUUUGUUAGCACUGAUAGUAUCAGGAUGACAGGAAGUGUGAAGUUUGAGGUCUUUGAUAAGGAUAUUCUUGUGUUAUCAGGGGCUUUAGAAUUGUGUAAUAGUAAUGGUUCUGUUGGAGAAUCAAAUACUCAAGGCCAGGGAUGGAGCAUUGAUUGUGAAUCUGAUAUAACUCCGGGUACUGGCUUCUUUAAGCGUAAGCAAUUGAUAGGGCCAGACUUGGCUUCACCUACAAUUGAGGUCUACAUUGCUGGGUCCUUUUUGAGCACUCCAAUUAUCUUAACAAAGUCUUUGCAGCUUGGUCAUCGAAAAAAGCAUAUGAGGAAGUGCAUGUUGGAUUCGAUACCUGAGUAUGAGACGACUGAAAGCCAGAAAGAUGUUCCUUCCGGGCUUGAUUUGCAGAUGUCAGAAUUCACAAACCACAAACCAGAAAAUGAAGACUACAAUAAUCCCUACACUGGGACAGCAUAUUUUGAAGAUGAAGAUGGAGAACUUUCAUGGUUCAAUGCUGGCGUAAGAGUAGGUGUCGGGAUUGGCCUUAGCAUUUGUCUUGGAAUUGGAAUUGGAGUGGGCUUGCUGGUUCGAACAUACCAAGGCACCACCAGCAACUUUCGAAGGCGACUACCUUAAUCCACACUUUUCUUGUUCGCCCUUCUAGCAAAAUGUCAUCCUUUCAACUCCCCCAUGAUACAAAGGCAGCUAACUUAGUGGUACUUCCGACAUGUCACAGUUGUCAAUAUGGAGGCUUAUGGAUUUUGCAAUUAAGUGUAGGAAUGCAUGAGUUCAAUCUUUUCCUGGCCUCUGCUGGGCUUAAGCCUUGCAUCCAUUACAAGAGGUUCAUUUGUUUCAAAUGUACAACUAUAAAUGCAGGAAAUCUCUCAGCAGCACUUUCACUUGAUUUUGUAGGGAAUGAACUCAUUAGUGUGUGCGACCCUCACAUAGCAAGUGUUGUCUGCUGUGGUCUUCUAUAUCUGUGAAGUUCUUUUGUUUUGUAAGGAGUUGAUAGCAGUAAAGUUUUGGUAAUGGAAAGAAAUGUAGAUCCCUUUCAACGGGUCAUGACUCAAUUUGUCAAAUUUGUCUUUGUACUAGUUAUGUUGGCUUGGCAUGCU